CCACCUCUCUCUCUCCCUCUGUAAUCUUCGCUCGACCAAAGGAAAGCCGAGGGCGAGAUCGGCGCCAAGACUCGGAUCGUGAGAUCACUCGAUCUCAUCAAGGUGUGAAGGAACUGUAAAGGAAGAUAAAAUGGCUGAAGACUUGCAAGCAAGUUCGGACAAGAUUGAAGUGAAGCUGUCUGAAACGGUUAAUUCAUCAGUAGGUGGAAAUGAAAAAGAAAGACUGACGAAUGGUGAUACAGAAUUACUGAGAAAAGAAGGAAAUAAAGACGAGGAGGAGUCUGCAUCUGAUGGGGACUUCAUAAAGGUAGAGAAGGAAAUAUUAGUAGAUGCAAAAGAAAGCUCCCACCUGCUCAAUCCAAUAGUGGAAGUGGAGGAAACCUUACUCACUGUCAAUCAUGAAUCUGGCAAUUCAGAAGCAAAUGCCAAUUUUACUAAAAUGAAAGAGAAGAUCGAAGAUUUGGAGCUUCAACUUGAAACUGUCCUUGGAAAACUAAAUAGUUCAGAAGCUGAAAAAGCCUUCCUAAAAUCUGAGUUUGAUCUUGCAAAUGACAAGUUAGAAAAAAAGAGCAAGCGUUGUGAGGAACUGGAACUUGGAGAGAAAUUGAUGAAAAAUCAGGCUUUAGAGGAUGAACAGAGGUACAAUUUACAGCUUGAAUCCCUUAAGGAAGCACUAAAAGCUACAGAUAUGAAGCAUAAGGAGCUUAUAGAUGUCAGGGAAUCUUUCACAGGGUUGUCCGCAGAUCUGGAGAUCUCAAGGGAAAGGAUAAAAGCACUUGAAGAAGAGUUACUAUCCUCAGCUGGUGAGCUGCAUAAACUCGAAGAACUGAGUAAACAUAAUAGUACCCAAGCAGAGUUAGAAUCAAGGAAAGUAUUGGAUCUAGAGAAGAUGUUGGAACUGGCACAUGUGACUGCAAAGGAGAUGGAACAUCAAAUGAGUAAUUUACAAAAGGAGUUGAAGGAACUCUACGAGAAAUUUGCAGGAAAAGAACAUAUUGAAGAAGCACUUCAAAGUACUUCAUUAGAGCUUUCAAAAUUUCAGGAGAAGUUAGAAAUCUCAAAAUCAGACAUAGGUAAACUGGAGCAGAACCUUGCUUCUAAAGAUUCUUUCAUACAUAAACUGACUGAAGAAUUAAAUCUGCAAAAAGUUUCUGAAGAGCAGUUAAGGGCAGAUGUAACUGCACUAGAAAAUGCGCUUUCUGCUUCAAGAGAAGAUCUCCAAACAAAGCUUGUUAAUUUGGAGGAACUGGAACUGAAUCUUCAGGAGCAGGUAAAAGAAAGGGAAAUGGUUGAAGCUCGCUUCAAGGACCAAGAAGUGCAGAUAUCAAGUUUAAGAAAUGAUUUGUUGAACUUGACAGUAGAAAAGGAAACUAUAGAGAGCACUGUGACAGAUCUUAAAACAAAGUUGUUAGAGAUCGAGGAACUUAAUAGCCAAUUGGAGGCCAAGCUAAAUAUGGCUGAUCAGAAUUUCAAGAAAACAGACUCACUUCUAUCACAAGCAUCGUCGCAUAAGAAGGAGCAUGAGCAAAAGAUGGAAUUGCUUGAACAGCUCCAUCAUGAAUCCAGAAUGGCCACAGAGGCUGCUACUAAAAGAAACCUUGAGCUAGAAGGUUUGCUCCAGGCAGCAAAUGCAGAUGAAGAGGUUAUCAGAUCACAGCUGAAGGAGACUGAAAUGAGAUUGGCAUUCGCUGAGAAGAGCAAUAUGGAGCUUGAGCAACAUUUGAAUUCUGCAGAGACAAAAUACCUUGAUGCACAUAAUGAGAAGAACGAACUUAAUGAGAAAAUAUCACAGCUCACUGCUUUGUUGAAAGAAGUAGAGGAAGAAAAUGCAUUGUCAAGAAGCCGUUUUGAGGGUUAUGAAGAUAAGAUUGGCCAAUUGGAAUCAAAUUUGAGCAAGUCAUUUUCAAGGAACUCAGAACUUGAACUGCAGAUUAAUGAUCUUGUCAAAAAGUGUGGGGAACAUGAGGAACAUGCUAUUGCAAAGCAUGACCGCAAUCUUGAGCUGGAAGAUUUGUUUCAUUCAUCUCACUCCAGAGCUGAAGAUUCUGAAAGGAGAGUGGGAGAAUUGGAACUGUCAUUGGAAGCUGCUAAUCAUCGGACACAGGAACUUGAGCAACUACUCAGCAUCACAGAGGCAAAACAUAGAGAUGUUGAGGCUGAAUCCAAGCAAUACAGCAGUAAGGUUGCGGAGCUUGUUACAGAACUUGUAGCAUAUCAGACACGAACAGAAAGUCUUGAAGCUGUGCUGCAAGCUGCAAAUGAGAAGGAGAGGGAGUUGACAGAUAACCUAAAUAUAGUUACGGAAGAAAGAAAAAUAAUUGAAGACCUGUCUAGUAGUCAUGAGAAAAAACUCUAUGAAUCUGAGAAUCAAAUUCGGAUGUUGCAAAAUGAGCUGAAACAUUUAAGAGAGAAAGUGGAAAGUGUUCAGGAAGAACUUGAGGCUUCAAAUAUUCGAGAAAAAGAGCUACUUGAGAAGUUUAGAUAUGCUGGAGAACAGUUGGAACAUCAUGGAAAGACUAUAGAGGAAGUUACUGCAAGAAACCUAGAGUUGAAUUCAUUAAAUGAAUCUUUAGCCAAGGAUUCAGAGUUAAAGCUCCAACAAGCAGCAGCGAGCUUUAAGCAAAAGGAGUCUGAAGCUGAAGAAUUGCAUGAAAAGUUAAAAUAUCUUGAAGAACAAUUGGCAUUUUAUAAAGAACAGGCAGUUGAAGCUACUGAAAAUGUUGCCUCACUUAAGGCAGAGUUAGAGGCAAAUGCAAUGAAACUGGUUUCUCUUGGGAACAAUAUUGAAGAGCUUAAGCAAAAUGUUAUGGAAGCUAAUCUAAGAGGCGAACAGACAGUUUCUGAAAACGAGUUGCUGGCUAUGACAAACUCAAAGCUCAAGGACGAACUGGAAGCUCGUCAGCAAAAAGUCAAUGAGCUAAAUGAGUUGUUGAAAUCCAUACAUGCCGAGAAGGAGGCUACUGUUGGGCAACUCGCCUCUCAUGCAAGCACCAUAGCACAAUUAACUGAUGAACAUUCAAGAGGCAUGGAACUUCAAUUUGCGACUCAAUCUCGUCUUAAAGAAAAUGAAGACCAGCUGCAUGAAGCUAUUGAGAAAUACAAGCAGAAAGAUUUGGAAGCCAGGGACCUGAAUGAGAAGCUGCUUGCACUUGAAACUCAGUUGAGAACUUAUGAAGAACAAGCUAGUGAGUCAGCGGUUGUUGCAGCAAAUCAGAAGGAUGAAUUGGAAGAGGCUCUUGUUAAGUUACAGCAUCUGGAAGGACUUACGGAGCAGUUGAAAGGCAUGAUUGAUGAAUUCGAAACCGAGAAUAAAGGUUUAGCCAGUCAAAACAUGAGUCUCUCUGAGGAGCUUGCAACAUAUGAUGGUAAACUGAAUGAGUUACAAGUAGCAUUCAAUACAGUUGUUACAGAGAAAGAGGAUAUAUCCAUACAGCUACAUGCUUCUAAGAAAGAAUUGGAGGAUCUCCAACAACUUCAUCACUCUGAUAAAGAGGAACUCCAAUCACAGAUAACCACUGUCACAAAAGAGUACAGCAUGCUCAGUGAAAUGCACCAAAAGGAAAGGAAAGAACUUGAGGUGACUAAAAUCCAAUUCAAAGAAAAGCUAAGUGAACAGGAAGCAAGCGAAAAUUCUCUCAGCUCUCUUGUGGAAAAUCUUAAAGCAGAGCUGGCUGAGAAAUCUCUUAUGCAAGAACGGAUUCAAGAGCUUGAACAAAAGCUGUUAGCAGCUGAGAAAGCUUAUAGCCAAGAGAUUGAGAGCAUGACAUCAGCAGCUGCUGAGAAGGAUGCUGUACUAUCUGCUAAAGUAGAGGAGCAUACAAGCAUACUCCAAGAAAAAGGUGCUUUAGAUCAGCAAUUAAGGGAAAUUCUUAAGGAACUAGAUUUGGCACAAAGAACCAUAAUAGAACAGAAAGAAUUGGACACCAAAAAGGAGUUGGAAAGGCAAGCUUCCCUGACGCAGUCACUUGAUGCAUUAGAGUCCAAGGAUCAGCAUGCCACGCUUCUUGAAAAGCAACUUGAGGAGCUUAAGCAGAGGCUACUAGAAGCUGAAAACCAGUAUAAGGAGAAGGUUAUUGAAGAAAGCAAAAAGCUUACACUUCUUGAGGUGGAACUUAAUGAAUUAAGACUUAAACAGACACAAACUGCUGAAAUGGAAAAGAAGAUUGCAGAGCUUGAGAACACAUUGCAGUUGGCUCGCACAAGUGCACAAGAGGUGAAGAAUGAAACCUCACAGUCAGAGGUGCAGGAUGCGACUGAGGUGAAAUCAAGAGACCUUGGAUUGGACACCUCAACACUGUCAAGGAGAAAGAGCAAGAAACGAAGUGACAAGGUGCACCGGGAUACAGAGGCUUCCACUGUAAAUCCAAACACCUCUGUUGUCCAAGAGCAUUCAGGAGCCACGGCCUUCAAGUUCGUCCUGGGAGUGGGCUUGGUAUCAAUGAUCAUUGGUAUUAUUCUUGGGAAGCGAUAUUAGAAUGGGCUAAGGACUUCCAGUGUCUUCAUCGUGGAACCACCCCAUUUCUUUUCUCAAAUGCUCAAGUUGGUAAGGGAAUGUGAUUUACAAAAUCAUUUCCGGGGCUUUGAUUUUCUUGUUGCAAGUUUUAUCUUUACCUUGUAAGACUCAAGCUUUAAGGAGUCUAUAUUUUCAUCUUGGGUUAGGAAUUUGUUUUGUUUUACUUCAACCCUUCAGCAUGCAACUUGCUUGCUGUAUAUGAGCUUGUAGAUGUUUAUCUGUAACUAAGAAAUAAUGCCUUGUGCUAUUUGUUAAUAUUCUGAAAAGAGACAGGUUUUUGCUUA